AUGGCGCUCGCGCGCUUGGCGGUGGCUCUGAUCCUGGGGGCGCUCCCCGAAGCGGUCGGCUCCGACCCGGUGCUCAGGGAUCCCCUCCACCACCGCCACCGCCUUUCGCCCCCCGCGGGUCCCCGGUACCCUUCUUACCUCCCCGCCCAGCAGCGGCCACGGAGGACGCCUCCGCCACCCGCCGUCCCGCGCGCCCCGCGCCCGCACCCCGGGGGCUGCCCCGCCGGCCAGCCGGGGGCCAACGCGACGGACCUGGGCGCCCCGUGUCUGCGCUGGGCCGAGGUGCCGCCCUUCCUGGAGCGGCCGCCGCCGGCGGGCUGGGCUCGGCUGCGCGGGCAGCGCGACAACGUAUGCCGGAGCCCCGACGGCGCGGGCAGACCCUGGUGCUUCUACGGGACCGGCCGCGGCAGGGCGGACUGGGGCUACUGCGGCUGCGGGCGCGGGUCCGUGCGACUGCGUGGAGGCAAAAAUGAGUUUGAAGGCACAGUCGAAGUAUAUGCAAGUGGAGUCUGGGGCGCGGUCUGUGGCAGCCACUGGGAUGAUUCUGAUGCGUCAGUCAUUUGUCGCCAACUGCAGCUGGGAGGAAAAGGAAUAGCAAAACAAACCCCGUUUUCUGGACUGGGCCUUAUUCCCAUUUAUUGGAGCAACGUUCAUUGCCGAGGAGAUGAAGAAAAUAUACUGCUGUGUGAGAAAGACAUCUGGCAGGGUGGGGUGUGUCCUCGGAAGAUGGUGGCUGCUGUCACGUGUAGCUUUUCCCAUGGCCCGGCGUUCCCUGCGGUCCGCCUCGCUGGCGGGAGCAGCCCCCGAGAAGGGCGCGUGGAGCUCUACCGCGCCGGGCAGUGGGGGACCGUCUGCGACGACCAGUGGGACGACGCCGACGCAGAAGUGAUCUGCAGGCAGCUGGGCCUCAGUGGCAUCGCCAAAGCGUGGAGUCAGGCGUAUUUUGGAGAAGGUUCUGGCCCUGUCGUGCUGGAUGAAGUACGCUGCACCGGGAACGAACUUUCCAUUGAGCAGUGUCCAAAGAGCUCCUGGGGAGAGCAUAAUUGUGGUCACAAAGAAGAUGCUGGCGUGUCCUGUACCCCUCUAACGGAUGGGGCCAUCAGACUUGCAGGUGGGAAAGGCAGCCAUGAGGGCCGCUUGGAGGUGUAUUACAGGGGACAGUGGGGCACUGUCUGUGAUGACGGCUGGACCGAGCUGAAUACAUACGUGGUUUGUCGACAGCUGGGAUUUAAAUAUGGGAAACAAGCCUCUGCAAACCACUUUCAGGAAAGCGCAGGUCCCAUAUGGUUGGAUGACGUCAGCUGCUCAGGAAAGGAAACCAGUUUCCUUCAGUGUUCCAGGAAGCAGUGGGGAAGGCACGACUGCAGCCAUCGCGAAGAUGUUGGUGUCGCCUGCUACCCCAGCAGCGACGGACACAGACUUUCUCUGGGUGAGGACUGGCUGCAGCUCUCAAGUAUCCAAAAUCGAACGUGAGCACAUGUGAUUUAUUCAGAUGCACAAUUGACUGACUCUCCAUGUGCUUAAGAAUGCUCUGUUUUCAGGGGUCCUGCCAGAGCAAGAAGCAUGGCUUAUUUUGGGGAAGGAAAAGGACCCAUCCACAUGGACAACGUGAAGUGCACAGGAAAUGAGAGGUCUUUGGCUGACUGCAUCAAGCAAGAUAUCGGACGACACAACUGCCGCCACAGUGAAGAUGCGGGAGUUAUUUGCGAUUAUUUUGUCAAGAAAGCAUCAGGUAACAGUAAUAAAGGGCCCCUCUCCUCUGUCUGUGGUUUGAGAUUACUGCACCGUCGGCAGAAGCGGAUCAUUGGUGGGAAAAAUUCUUUAAGGGGCGGUUGGCCUUGGCAGGUGUCCCUCCGGCUGAAGUCGGCCCACGGAGAUGGCAGGCUGCUCUGCGGGGCUACGCUCCUGAGCAGCUGCUGGGUGCUCACGGCGGCGCACUGUUUCAAGCGGUACGGUAACAGCACUAAGAACUAUGCUGUUCGGGUUGGGGAUUACCAUACUCUGGUGCCGGAAGAGUUUGAAGAAGAAAUUGGAAUUCAGCAGAUUGUGAUCCACCGGGAGUAUCGACCCGACAGCAGUGACUAUGACAUUGCCCUGGUUAGGUUACAAGGACCAGAAGAGCACUGUGCCAGAUUCAGCAGCCACGUUUUGCCAGCCUGUUUACCGCUCAGGAGAGAGAGGCCACAGAAAACGGCCUCCAAUUGUUACAUAACAGGAUGGGGAGACACAGGACAAGCCUAUUCAAGGACACUACAACAAGCAGCCAUCCCCUUACUUCCUAAGAGGUUUUGUGAAGAACGUUAUAAGGGUCGGUUUACAGGGAGGAUGCUCUGUGCUGGAAACCUCCAUGAACACAGACGCGUGGACAGCUGCCAGGGAGACAGCGGGGGACCACUCAUGUGUGAACGGCCUGGCGCAAGCUGGGUGGUGUAUGGGGUGACCUCCUGGGGACAUGGCUGUGGAGUCAAGGAUUCCCCUGGUGUUUACACCAAAGUCUCAGCCUUUGUCCCUUGGAUAAAAAGUGUCACCAAACUGUAAUUCUUCAUGGAAACCUCAAGAUGGAAUAGUAUUUUUAGAAACUGAUGGCAGGAACUUUUAACCUCCACUGUUGGCAGUCAGCCAGAGAUGACAACUAAUGGGGAUUGAGGUCGAUGUUUUUGCUUUACCUGGUGGUAGAAAUUGUGUACCUUUUGCUGCUUUUGAGAAUUUGUGGUGUGAACAUUUUUGGUUACAGAUACCUCAGUGUAAUGCUGAUUGUCCUUAAUUAGGACUGUUGUCUACCC